AUGAAAGUGAAGAGGUUAUUAUUUUUGUUCCUACUGUCACUUGCAGAAAGAGCAGUGUCAUCAGAUGUUUUCCUAGUGGAGCCCAGUUCUGAACCAUAUUUUGUACAGGAGGGGAAUGAAGGAAUUGUGCUGCCAUGUGUCGUAAAACCAGAAUAUUUUGAUAGGAGGAAAUUUGAAAUUAACUGGGCAAGAUAUAAUAAUGGACAACUACGAAUGAUCACAAAAAAUGACAAGCUGCUUGCAAAAAAACACUCAAGGUUCAUUUUGGAAAAUGAUUCGGCGACAGGAAACUACAGCCUUCGAAUCACCGAAGUGGAAAAGAAUAGUGUUGAAGGAACAUACCAUUGUAAUGUAAUUGGAACAGAUGAUUCUGAUGUGCAAUACUCCGCACUGGCUACUGUAGUUGUAUUGGUUCCACCUGGUGACCCAAUUAUAAGCACUACACCUUCCGAAAGCGUAAUUGAAGGAGAUUUCAUGACAGCCAAGUGUGUCUCGGUUGGAGGGAGCCCGCAACCAACGUUCACAUGGACCCUUCCAAAUGACACAACUGCUAGUGAAGCGCUUUUCACCACACAGUUCAGAGAUGGAGCGACUGAGAGUUUGCUACACUUCCGUGUAUCCUCCAGUGAUGAUGGAAAAUCAGUUCAGUGUGCUGUCACCAACAAAGCUAUGCUAGAUGGUGAAACCAAGCAAGUCAGAAGUUCCCACCUGAAUGUUCUCUACAAACCAAUCGUUUUUGUGACCCCAACUGAAAACUUGACUCACUUGUCUGUUGAAGAAGGGGAACUGGUCAAUCUCACCUGUAAUGCUGCUUCCAACCCACCAGCACACAGUUAUGAGUGGAAGCAUAUUUCAUCCGGAGACCGGUAUCAAGGAAAAGUCUGGCCGAUUCGAGUUGAUAGUUCUAUGAGUGGAGAUUUCGAAUGUCGGGCGACAAAUGAGUUGGGAGAAGGGACAUCUGUUUUGAAGUUGGUGGUGCAGCACACUCCAAAGAUCACUGUACCGGCAUCAAUCAGUCCAAACGAAAUGGAAGACGUGGAUAUUCAAUGUGAAGUUAGCGCGGUUCCAGAAGUCAUUGACAUCAAAUGGGUGGGACCAAAUGGUUUCAAGCAGAAUGGUUCUCGACUAGUUCUCACUUCAAUCUCUAAAUCCCAAAGUGGAAACUACACCUGUAUGGCUACCAACUUUUUGACUGUCUAUGGUCAUUCUGGAUCACAACAAAGAAUGGGUACAGGAACUGUUAUGGUAGAUGUGAAGAGGAAACCAGGACAAGCUCAAAUUAUCAGUGCCCGGCAAAGUGUAGAUGUUGGAGAGACUAUCAAGUUGAUUUGUCAAGCAGAAGAUGUGGGAAACCCACCUUCUUUGUACACGUGGGCAUCACCAUCAUCGGGUGGAAUUUUCGGACUUGAGGGUCACAAUGACAAGUCGUUCGAAGUUAGAAAUGCACAACUGUCAGAUAAUGGUGUCUACUCAUGUAAAGCUUAUAACGAUCUUGGAGAAGGAAAAGCGGCUACUGUCAUGAUUACAGUUAUCGAGCAAGCCCGUAUUUCUAGUCCCCUUGCUACUGAACGCAUUUUCACUGCAGGAGAGCAAGGAAAAAUGUUGGAGUGUGAAGCUCAAGGAUACCCAACUCCAGUCGUAUCCUGGCUAAAAGACGGAAUCCCAAUCAAACAAAACUCCUAUGAAUCAUCUGCUACCUCUGAAUCAAAGUGUAACCCAGAGGACUUCUGCACUCAAACUGUCGCUAGUACAUUGACACUGUCAGGUCCAUUGAAGUGGUCUGAUAAGGGAAAUUUCACGUGUGUAGCUGACAAUGGUUCUGAUAAGAAUGGAAAAGACAGCAGCUCGUGGACUAUUGUCAGGAUACUACACAAACCUGUGGUUCUGAAUAGAAAGUUCCCAGAGAAAUCAUUGUCUGCUGCUGAUAUUGGCUCCCAAGCAAUCCUCAGAUGCAAAGUUUCUGCAAGGCCAGAGCCAGAAUUCCAUUGGAUGUUCAAGGACUCUGAAAUCUUUGAGAAUGAGAGACACUCCUUCCAUACUGUUGGCACAUUCAAGAAACCAGAUGAAUAUGAACAACUCCUGCAAAUCGAAAGUGUUCAAGAAUCAGAUUAUGGAGAGUAUGUGUGCAGAGCUACAAAUGGGAAUGGAGGAGACCAUGUUGUCAUUGAGUUGAGGAAGACAAGUCCACCUGCACUUCCAUUGGACCUACAGAAGCUGUCUGCAACGUCUAACUCUAUUUUGAUGGGAUGGGUACCACAAUUUGAUGGUGGUUCUAACCAAUCAUAUAUCCUCGAAGCUAGAAAAGUUGAUCCAUUCAGUGGGGAAGUUGACCCAAGUGCUCCAGCCACUAGACUGAAUAUCAAUGCAGAGCAACAAGAGCACGAGGUUGACGGCGCUCUUGUUUCGAAGAACAUCUUCAAUUUCACUGGCCUUACGCCAUUAUCCACUUACAAUUUGCGUAUUCAAGCUGUUAGCGAAAAAGGCGAAUCGGAAUUCACGCCAGUUCUAAUUGCAUCCACUGAAGACGUCGUUGAGGAUUCGAACAUGAUGUCUCCCAGUCGCCUUAUUUUGGAUUCUGGCGAACAGAAAAUUGACGUUGAGCCAAAGCUUCCAUCCGAUGCCUGCACACUGCUAUACAUUUUCGUUGAUGGUAUCUGGAGGACCAGCAUCUGCCACACUUCCAGCAACCCUAUCUCCAAUAUAAUCUCCGGAAGAGAAUACAAAGCAAGAUUCUGCACAACAGCAAACGGCCUCAAAUGUUCACCAGUGUCAAAAACGAUUUCAAGUGGUUCCGGUUCUGUCUGGAAAACGAACGUCUUUAUUCCAUUCAUCUUCUUCGUCUUCAUAAGUCUUGCAAUUUGUGUGUUUUUCUUGGUUUGCUGCAAAACGAGAUCAAGUCCAAAGAACUCAAAACUAUCUCCAAUCAUUCUCACUUCACUGCCUGGUGAUGAGCUGAAAAAGCCGGCCGACUACGAAGAGCCGAAACACGCCACAUUUGUGAUAACGGAAAACGAAACAAAUCAUUCGAGCCACCACAACCAUCACAGCGACGUGCUACAAAAACCUGGUAAGACGGGCUCAAAUAUGGACUAUGAUGUGUCUACGGAUUGUUACCUACAAGAAAAUACAGAAGUGCUGAAAAACACUUCGUUAUCCGGUUUUGGAAACGGUGAAACAAUAGAUAGCAGUGAUGGCAAUGAUGAUCGACGAAUUGUUCGAGAAAUAAUUGUUUAA